AUGUUACCUGCGGACGACUGUGAAUUCUUUCCCAAUUGGCCUGGACCCGAAGAUCUCCCUAGCCCCGAUGCGGUUAGGGAGCAUCAGGACGUCUUAUCCCGUCGUCGCAAUGUCGUCGUUCGCUUCCUCCAUUUGAAGCUCAUCGUCAAAUAUGGGAGAUGCGUCAGACCGGCAGAAGGACAGGCAUUUUGCUGCGAGAUGAAAUUUAUAUCGGUAUGGGACCCGUUACUUACUGAUGAUACUUCACAUCCUGAUCAGAAGUUCCAAGGCUCGCAGCAUGGUCCAUGCCUCGAUGUGUUAUUUGAGAUGUAUAGCCACCCUCAUCGCGGGCCUUUUCCUUCGUCGAAGGAGUUCCACGACUUCUUUGUCACCUUGGGUACUUAUACUCCCAAAUACACGCGUAACGGCUUGCCCGAUUCCUCUCCGAUCACGUUCACGCAUAAUGAUCUACACUUCGACAACAUCCUUAUUUUUCCCAAAGGUUCCCGAGUCAUGGCUAUCAUUGACUGGGAACUGUCAGGGUUCUACCCCUCAUAUUGGGAAUGGGCGAUUUCGACCUGGAUAGAAGAAGCUCGAGGAAGCGACUCAAGACGCUUCAUAAAUACCAUUUUGAAGCCGGGUUUAGUGUCCUUCUACAGCAAUGGAAUAUGGUCCAUUUCAAUAAUAUCAACCCCAGUUGCAUUUUUCGACGAUAGCCAGUGCUAUUCGACCAACGCGACUGGUAGGAGUACCGUCUGCCUUUUUGACACGCGACUCCUGGAGAACAACAACAAUAACAACCACCACCACCGUGUCCUGGGCCACCGAACUUCGAGCCCUGCCAGUGGCGUGAUACAUUAUGCUCAGUACCGCCUACUAUUGGCGAGGCUAGCUACCCAAAUCUAUCUCUAUCGCCCGCAUACUCUACCAUUCAGGCCUAGACCACCGAUCACCUCAGCCCACAUCAGCGCCUGCAAGCGCGACUUUAGGAAGCAGCGAUUCCUCCGCAUUCAUCUCAAAUAUCUACCGACCACUUCCAAUCCCCGUUGUGCCCGAUUCCGACUCUGGCAGAAGGAGGCUCGCAUGCGUAGACGCCAGCUCAAGCUUAUCCAUUCAAUGAUGCAGCACAUCAGCCAUGCCGUUAGGGAAUCGGAGUGUUCACUCGCUCUGUUCUCUGAGGCGGCUUGGCACCACAACGUUUCCGUGAGAUCAGCCGAAUCUGGAGAGGUUUUCCAACGCCCGCUCAAACGCCCACGCUCUCCAUCUCCAACCGCCACUCUCCACACUGCUCCCUUACGUCAAUACAGCAUCCAUGAUCGACACCUCAUCGCCCGUGCACUGAAAUCCCAGCCUAGCAACACGGCCAGCGUUACGCGUUACUUUACCUGA